AUGCAUCGCAACAUGACCUUGAAUGCAAUAAAUCAAACUACACUUCCUCAGCAAACCCUUCAUGGUUUUGAAGCUUCGGUUCAAUCUCAAAGAGUUGAUGCAACUGAGAACAAAAGUAGCCUCCAUUUUAAGGCAGAAUUCUCCGACUCGCCACCUCAAAAAGACAAUUCUGCACCAAUGGAAGAUCAAGCAGAAGAAGAGGGAGAACAAAGAGUCAACGGAGACACAAUUGUUGAUGGUGUUGGUGGUACUCCGCCAAAAGAUGGAUGUAAUUGGAAAGAAUAUGGUAGACAGCGAGUUAAGGGUAGCGAGUUCCCGCGAAUGUACUACAAAUGCACUUAUUCAAAUUGUCCGGUUAAAAAGAAAGUAGAAUUUUCUCACGAGGGCCACAUAACAGAGAUCACCUAUAUGAGAGCACACAACCACCCGAAACUUCCUCCAAGUCGCCGGUCAGGCAUAGGGUCAGCUAACCCUCCUGCUGACAUGCAAGUGGACAAUCCUACACAUGUUGAAGCACAGGGAAGUAUAGCUAAUUGGAAGUCGGACAACCUUGUAGUGACAUCGGCUGCAUCUGAUAUUGUCGAGUACGACAACCAGUUCACCAAGCUGCAAACUCAAAAUGGUAUUGCCGUGGAAGGCUCGUCCAUUUUUUCUAACGAAGAAGAGGAAGACGAUCAAGGCACUCAUGGUAGUGUUUCAUUAGGUUAUGAUGCAGAAGGAGAUGAAUCCGAGUCUAAAAGAAGAAAACUGGAAUCAUAUGCUGAGACGAGUCGAGCUACUAGAGUCAUUCGCGAGCCUAGAGUUGUUGUGCAGACUACCAGCGAAGUAGAUAUCCUUGAUGAUGGUUAUCGGUGGCGAAAAUAUGGGAAUAAAGUUGUCAAAGGAAAUCCCUACGCAAGAGGUUACUACAGGUGCACCAAUGCAGGGUGCACUGUAAGGAAGCAUGUGGAGAGAGCAUCACAUGACCUUAAAUCUGUGAUCACCACAUACGAGGGAAAGCACAAUCACGAUGUCCCCGCUGCUUGUUCCAGCAGUCACGUCAAUGCGAACAAUGCUUCUAACGCAGGUCAAGGGCAAGCUCCUGGUCUUCUUCAAAACCAUGCUCAUAGAACUGAACCAUCUCAAAUUCACUAUGGAACGGGAUGGCCUCCACUCGGCUCAUUCAACUUUCAUGGCAGACAGCAGCUAGCUCAUCCGCACGGCUUCUCCUUCGGCAUGAAUCAACACCUCUCCAACCUUGCAAUGUCUGGUUUAGGCCCCUCUUCACAGAUGCCUAUGAAUCCAUUCAUGGCGCAACAACAACACCAGCAACAACAGCGUGCCGCAAAUGAAAUGGCCUUCAUGUUACCAAAUGGAGAACCAAAUAUUGGCGCUAAUCCUGAACGCUUCCUUAACAUGCAAAACGGUUCAUCUUCAAUGUAUCGAGAUAUUAUGAAUCACAUGCCUCUCGGACCUCGCGUGUAA